UGAAAAGAAAAGGUUAUAGUGAUUUUGCGCUGCGUCGCGGUUCAGUGAAAUUGUGAAUUUUCUAAAGGAAAAACCAAGAAAAAGUCCUAAUAAGUGUGUAAAAAGCACAAAAACGUGUUAAAAGGCAUUGCCAAAAUUCGUAAAAGUGCGCGAAAUUCUUUUAAAGGUUCAAAAUAGGAAAAUUAUACAUACCACCCCCAGUGAAAAGUUGUGAAAACACAGCCAUACAAACACCAAGUGAAAAAGCGGAAAGCUUUUUGCAGUGUAAAAAGGCAAUACAAUCAAAUUUAGUGCAAACAAAUAAAACUAAAGCAAGCAAAUAUUUGUGAAGAUAAACACCGAACAAAACUGCUAGGCCUUCCCUUUUUAUCUCAUAACAUUAUUUAUUAAGCACCUUCAGUAAAAGCGUCAAGACGCCGCCAACAGCGCCAGCCUCACCCCCCGCGGAGCAUACGUGCGUGAUGCGUGACCUCGGCACCAAAAUGGCCGAGCUGAAAUUCGAGGCUCCAUUAGCUAAAUUCGAGGAGACUGAUGAAUGGGGCGGUUGUGACUUCAUUACCAAUCAAAAUACGAUUAAUGAUACAUUGAAUUUGAAUCUGAAAGAUUCCUCGUUGAAGCAGGAAAACAAGAUGCGCCUACUUGAAGAGGCUGUGCGUGAUGCACAUGUGAGCCGGAAUGGCGUGCUCAUGGCGAACGGCACUAAUGCUGAUAAGGCUGAUGGCGGUGCAAUAAGUCCCAAUUGUAAUUCCUUAUUGGCCGCUGAAUUGGGAUUGGAUGUUGGUUUGGCGCCCGGUGAUGAUGGUUGCGAUAAACGUUCCACCGUUGGUGAUACCGUUGAUAACUUUGCUGAGACAUUCGGCGGUAGUCUUGAGGAUUUAGUUAAUACAUUUGAUGAAAAAAUAACCAAAUGUUUCGGAAAUUUCGAAGAGAAUAUUGAGGAUUUGGCACCGGUGCAAGUUCGCAGCCAAGAGGAAAUCAUGAAUGAAUGCCAAAUGUGGUGGACCAUCACUGGCAACUUUGGCAAUAUACUGCCUAUCGAUUGGUCGAAAUCAUUCACACGCCAAAUGCACAUGCCCACAUUGAAUUUGGGCCAAAAUCAGCUUGGUGCCGGUAAUGGCAGUGCUGGUAAUUCGCUUGAUGCCACCACACCGGGUGAUGAAUUGACCAGCGAGGAUGAGGCUGUAGCCAAUGAUCUCGAUAUGCAUGCAUUGAUAUUGAACGGGCUGAAUUCGGAGCAUGAGGAACCCAUUAAAACGGUUGAGGAGGUAAUCAAAGAGAUUGAUGAUAUUAUGGACGAGGCUGAGAGUCCAUUGGAUGAAGCAGAGACCUGUGAAUCGGAAGUGAUAGAGAAAGCUAGAGAGGUGUUGGGUGCGCCAUUGUAUGCGGAGAAAUUGCAAUAUUUAUCGAUAUCACAAUUGAAUGAGCUCUACAUGGAAAUGGAAAUGCUCAUACAGGAACUCAGCGAGACACUAAUCAAUGAAUUGGCGUUGCGCGACGAGCUCGAAUAUGAGAAAGAGCUGAAGAACUCGUUCAUUUCAUUGUUGCUGGCGGUACAGAAUAAACGUCGACAGUAUCAUGUGGAGAAGAAGCGUGGAAAAUUGCAAGGACCGGAGCCAAAGUAUCUGACCACUGUCAUACCUUACCACAUGGAGAAUGGCACACCAAACAACCAGUCCUUGCAAGUGCUAAUCAAAAUACUAAAAGCAAUCAAUGAGGACAGUCCAACCGUACCCGCGCUGCUAACGGACUACAUACUGAAAGUACUCUGCCCCACAUAAAUAUGCACUGCAUGUGAGCAGUCAGCUGAGUUGUUAGGUGUUUUAGUACGUAAUUGCAGUCGAUACAUUUAGAACAAAAAAGAAUACAAAAUACAACAAAAAAAAGAAUAGAAAACUCAUAUACAUUGAGUAAAGAAGAGAAGCUAAUUUAAAUGAACAAUUCUAAGUUAUAUAAAAAAUAUAUUUCUUAUUAAUGUUUUUCUAUUUUUAGUUACUAAUUAAAAGCAAAAACUAAAACAUGCGAGUAAUAAUAAUGCAUAAACAUAGAAGAUUUUAAUUAAAAACGUAACGAGUACCAUAUAUAUGUAUGAGUGUAUAGUUUAUAGACCGUUAUUUUUGCCGGCAUUAACGAGCGCUAACAAUAUCGAAGCGUGCGGGUUAUUUAGUGCUCUUGGAAAGCGAGAGUUUUCAAUAUGCAAAAAAAUUGUUUGUACACCCGAAAGGAUAAUGCAUGAAUUUCGACGGAAAUAUAUUCAUAAGCAGGCGUGAAAUUAAUGAAAAAUUGUACAAUUGGGAAAAGUUAUUUAAAUUUAAGAUAACUGCUAUGCAAAUUAAAUGCGCAUUGCAAAAUCUGCGCGCUGAAGAGCUAGUGAAUUUCAUUUAACCUAAACUGCCUACAAUCAAUAAUAAUUUAUUUAGGUCUUUUGGUAGAAAUAAUAAUUGUUGGAGCGUAAAAAUUAAUUUGUAUCGCAGAAAGGAUAUUAAAGCCAUAUAAAAUAAUUUUCUGUGCAAGAUUUUAAAGCUAUAUUCGAUACUUUUUUGUUAAAAUUAUUAAAAGCAGCAAACUUGCACGUUGCUUGGCUGUUAAUUUUUUCCACAAUAGUUUUAAAUUGCUUCAAAAUAUUCGUAAACACAACAAAGUGUUAAAGUAAAAUCAGUAAAAUACAAAAAAAAAACUCUUUAUAACAAAAUCAUUGAAAUUCUUUUGCAAUGAGCACAAAAAUAAAAAUACAGCUUCGAUAUUAUUUGCUCACGUAUGUAUGAAUACAUACAUAUAUCGCAUGUCAAAAAUAUUUUGCGUAAAGCAUGCAUGUAAGGUAUGCAUGUACAUAUUAAUGCCGCAAAAAUUAUUUAUAAAAACAACUUACAUCCAUAAUUUUGUAAAGCUUAAUGUAAUUAAUUGUAAUUUAUUAUUUUAUAAAAUCAAUUAGCUGUGUUGCUUUGCGUGUAAGUCAAAAAACAUUAAAAUAACAGUUAUUUGAAAAAUGCAUAAUUAUAAACCUACUUAGAUAUAUACAAACAUAUGCAUAUACAGUGUGUAUUGUGUGCAUUUGCGCAAAAAAAGCGAAGACAAAAUACAAAACUUGCAUUUUUUGCACACUUUUCUUUAAUAUUACAAGCGUUUAUUAGCCGAAUUUAUUCCUUGUGUACUCAUACUGCCUUGUAAGAAAAAUGUGUAAUUUUGAAAGCAUUUGCAAUUUUUUUCUUCUAAGUUGUUACCAUAUAUGUACAUAUGUAUGUACAU